UAUCACCGACAGAGCCGGUUUGUCUGUCUUUCAUUCAUCACCGGAACUGUGCAGCUCGUGCAUCAGCCGUGGUACCGUCUACCAUCCUGUCUCCUCCGACCACCGACACCAAGGACACCACCAUCGGCCAUCAUCCGCGGCGGGGCUGCGUUGGAAAAAUGACAUGGAGCCUGCUAUCGCGCAACAGAGUGGUUUGCUUAUGUGUUUGCGUCAGCAUGGAGCCUACUGGUAUGAAGCACUGGAGCCAAGGAUCGAACCCAGGAGACAUGAAUGAUUUUGGUGUCCAUGUUCUCAUCACACCAACAGGAUAAUCUUCUGAAGACAUGUUAUUUCAAGAUGAAGAUUGAUACCAGCCUGACUAUGCUCCAGCUCCCAGAGGCCCUGUCCCAGGCAGGCCUUCAGUUUUCUGUGGCCACUGAAGAGGACUUUGAUGAGAUCAUGGCUAUGAGCCAGGACAUCUAUGGGGGCCUUGACUACCUGCCCACUAGGUACACCAGCUGGCUGCAGGAGACCAACCGCACAGUCAUAUUGGCCCGCAAACAGGGAAAAGUGAUUGCUCUUGAAUCGGUGUGCGUGAUUGACAAUGGGGAGACUAUGCUGGUGGAAGGUCUGCGUGUCGCCCCUCAAGAAAGGGGCAAGGGUGUAGCAGGAGUUCUACUGCGCUUUUGCUCUGAGCUGGUGAAAUCCAAGUACCCAGAGGUCAAAGUAAGCCGUUUGACCCGUGAUGAUCAGCUUGGACCCAAGGAUUUCCAGAAGUAUCGCCUUAUAACCAAGCAGGGUAUUCUGCUGGUGCGCUUCAGAGCUGAAGACCUCAAGCUCCGUCUGUCUGAGCUUGGUCUGGGUGCAAAUAUCCAGUCCUCUUUGUCCACCUCCAACUCUUCUCCGGUACGUCUUGACCAUACAGCUAUCCACCGGCUGUAUCUGACCACUGACCUGAUGCAGGGGGUCCUUCCUAAUGCAACCAUCAUUCAAGACUGGCAGCCAUUCAAGCCUUUGCCCAGUAACAUGGCCAUCCUACUGAAGAAGGAUAUUGACUGGAUGGUGGAUGAUGUGUCCAACCCUACUGUGGCCAGCCUCUGUACCUUCCCUUUCAGGGUGCCCAUUGGAGAUGACUGGUAUUACCUGAACAUUGACAUGUUUGGUAAAGACCUUGACCUGGCCCGGCAGCAGUUCUUGUGCCACCUGCAGCGCCACACUGCCACCCUGAUGGGUCACGUGAUGUGCCAGAUGUUCCUGGACCCACCACUCUGGAAGCCCAUGGCUGAAUUCUGCCACCACACCUUGAGCGUGGAGCUGGUGAAGGAGUACACCGAGCAAUGCGUGGUGGAGUCAGACAUCGUGUAGUUACAGAAGGUGGAUGGAAAGGAGUAGAAGAUGAAGGAGCCAGAACGGAAUGAAGACAAGGGUCUAGACAACAAGGAAUGGACACAACUCAAUUACACUUAACAGAAAAACAUAAUCCUUUGUACUGAGGGAUAGGAACCAAGCAAACGAAAUGUAGUUUCUACAAAACAAAUCAACUUUUAAGAGUGCAGUACGUUAGAUUCAACACAAACAAAUGCAGGGGGUGGACAUACAAUUUUGAAUACAGUACAUAAUGUAAUCAGCUUCAGUAGGUCUGUUACAAAUAUAUUUGUAAUGAUUACAAUAAUAUACAAUUAGUGUCAGAGAUGUGGUGAUACAACUUUACAGUCAUCUCUAAGUACCAAUCUUAAGGCCAUAGCUUUGAGGUGUACUUAUGUGCCCCCAGUAUAAAGAAAGAGGGGAGACUAAAUAAUGGAAAACUGCUUCCUGGGUCAAAACAUUUGGACUGGAUCCAAAAUGGACCCAGACCCAAAGUUCAUAAAUAAGCAAGAAAAUUCCAUUGAAAGAAAGUUUUUGGUCCAAAGCAUCAUUCUUAUUUAUGCUGAUGUGACUAGACCUGAAUACAGUCCAAAGCAACAAACUACAACCUAUAGCCUCAAAAGUGACCAUAGAGUUGAAUCACCACCUUGUUAGCUUAUCUUGAAUUUAACUUUGAUUAAAAGUAUUACAGUCUUUUUGGUUAUUAUGUCCACCCUCUGUAUGUUGUAUGGCAUGGAGAGGUGUAGUAGGAGUGACUGAACUUGGAGAGGCUUUCUCACACCGGUAGCAGUGAUGUAACCUAAAACCUAAAAACAGUCAACAUGCAAAUGCUAUUCUUUUACGAAAAUUUUUUAAGUACCCUUAGGGCAUCAAAAACCUUUUGCCUCUGUUCUUUCUGUAAAUAUGAACCUUCUAAGUAUGUACACAAGCUGAGUUGGGUUACUAAAUCUGCACAACUCUGAAGGCACUUUAUUAAAACUACAUAGACAGGUUGUGUCUAAGUUAGAAUGAAAAGGAAUAGUUCAGGAUCAAAUAGGGGUACUUCACAGAUCCCAUCUAUUAACUAGUAUUACCAUAGGAACAUCAAAUCUCUGCAGAAACAACCAACAAAGCCUGCUACUGAAAUGAACAUGCUCAGUCACAAAAUGGCUGACAAUUUAUCCUUUGUUAUGGUCAGGCUUAUGUCUUAGCAUUUUUCUUUUUAUUGUUUCAACUCUUUUACUGUAUAUAUACGUUACUAAUUUAAUAUUUUCACUUAAAUGCUGCAAUAAAAUUUUAACAGAAAUUAUUAACUUCUGAAGCUGAAAGUGAAAUCUAGGCUUACUUUUGUAGAUUGCUAGCAUAAUGCCAAACAAAAUGCUAAUGCUUGAAAAUGUUUAACAGACUACUGUGCAGUUUGCUACUGACUUCAGCUUAUGCAGGGAGGAGUAGAAUGAAUAUAACUGUGUUAAAUUUAACACAACUAUACUGAUAUGUUUUAACCAUCACUAAUAUUAGCCGGUAAAGGCCUUUUGAAAAAUAGUGUUCCCUGUGAAAAUAGAAGACCAGUGUUGGUCAGGUUUGGCCAUGUUAGAGCAAACAAAUCUCUAGUUUACUGUGCAGACAUGAAGGGAAUACAGUGGAUUAUACCAUGGCCAAGGACUGUACCAAUUUCGCACAACAGGCACAUGUCCAUUAAAAUGCUAACUGCAUGGCUACUGGGAUGUCAGUCAGUAUGUUGGCCCACCACUUUUGUCCAACUGAAAUGUCUUGACAAUAACUGGAUGGAUUGUCAUGAAAUGUGAUACAAACAUUCAUGGACCCAAGAGGAUGAAUCCUAAUGACUUUGGUAAUCCCCUGGCUUUUCAUAAUGCCACCAGUAGGUUAACGUUUUACUUAUGCAGUGAAACAUUACAUCUAUAACACAAAUCAGCCCAUAGUUUAAUCCAAAAUUUGGUUCGGAUAUCCAUGUUCCCCUCAGGAUAACUGUAAUAACUUAGCUGAUCCUCUUAAUUUUCAACUAGCGCUAUCAUCUGGUCAACAUUUCUAUUUGUCUACUUCUUUGGUUUAUGACCGAAUACCUGCAAAAUUAAUGGCUUUCCCAUCAGCCUCAGCUCUAUUUUCACUUAUUAGCAAAUGCUAGUUUAGUGUAACAUACUAAACUACGAUGGCAAACACAAGAAACAUUAGACCUGCUAAACACAGAGUGUGUCUCAGAUUGCAUACUUUGAUUAGUACACUUCAAUUACAUUCAUUUAAAUUCAAUUCAAUUCAGUUCAGUUAUAUUUAUAAAGCUCAAUAUCAAAAAUCACAAUUUGCCUUAGAGGGCAUUACAGCAUACGACAUCCCUCUGUCCUUUGACCCUUACAGUUGAUAAGGAAAAAUCCCCCCCCAAAACACCCUUUAAUGGGGAAAAACAAUGGUAGAAAUCUCAGGAAGAGCAACUGAGGAGGGCUCCCUCUUCCAGGACGGACAGACGUGCAAUAAAUGUCGUACAGAACAGAUCAACAAAAUGAAUUUACAGUAAUCCAUAUAACAAAAUUGUACAAAAAGAGAGACAGAGAGAGAUGCAGGGCAAACAGUAAUGAUAAUAGCUACCAUAACAUUGAUUUUUAGUAAUAAUAUGAUAAUAACAAUAAUAGUAUUUUGGUAGCAUAUAUGUUUUAAGUAAGUAUAACUGUUACAGUAUAUGUAUGUGACAAUAAUAACGAUACACGUACAAUAAUAGUAGAAGUAUGACUAAUAAUAAUAGCAGUAGUAGUCGGCAUCAGGCAAGACCAAAACAGCAGUGUAACCACGACCCACGAUUCAGGCAUAUUCAGUUCACUGUAGUACACUAUGUGCACUAUGUCCUUCUUGCGUGGUGCGUGGUGCACUAGUUUCAACAGGGCAGUGUUGUCUCAAAUCGGGCACUGCUGUUUUGCACUUACGCCUCCUCUUCUUUUUAAAAGGCAAAUUGCAAAUGGACAGUGGAGCAUUAUUGCCUACAUUUGACCACCAUCUCCAUCUACACAUACACCAAGCUUAUGCCACAACAUCAGUGCUGAUUAAGAGUUGCUACUGUAGCUAGGAGCAAGUUAGCUAGCUGGCGAAUGCAUUCGCAUUAUUGUUUGCGGUCAAAUCAUUACAGACCCAACAAACAUUACCAACAUUCUAUUCCACAACAGUAUUGGUACUAAGUGCAAUAAAACAUGUAUAACUAAAAGGAUCCUUGUUGUCCCCAGCUGUCACAUCAAAAGUUGGGAAGUUUGUGAUGUAGCUUACACCAGUAGUACACUGCAAUUUCCAGUACUAUGCAGUGUGAACGCACUUAGUGCGCUGAAAAUAUUAAGUGUUUAGUACAGAAGUGUGUGAUUUGAGACACACCGAUAGUCAUGUUAGCUGCGGUUUAAGCAUUGCUGUGCCUAAAGGUCUAGCAUGUAGGAUUUAGGGGAAUAUAUUAUCAGAAAUGGAAUAUAAUAUUCAUAGUUAUUUUUUUUAUUAGUGUAAAAUGUCAUGGAACUAACAAUCAUUGUGUUUUCAUUACCUUAGAAUAAGCAGUUUACAUAUGGAGUGGGAUCUCUCCCACAGAGUCCACCAUGUUAUUUCUACAGUAGCCCAGAAUGGACAAACCAUACACCGGCCUUAGUUAUGGCCAUUUGCAGUUUUGCAUUGGCAGCCAUAGUUCUCCAACAUGUUUGGCACAUAGGAGAAGUUUCCGUUGGCUGCAGUCUGCAACCUCACCACUAGAUGCCACUAAAUCCUAUAGACUAGACCUUAAAGUACUGCCUCACAAAGCCAGAGCUUUUCUGUAGACUUCUGUGAUAACUGGCCAUGGUAUAAGCAUAAUACCAAACACUGAUGUCUCGCCAUAUAGAAAAUAAUGAAGUUAGUGGAGGAAACGCCAGUCUGCUUCACAUUCUUUGGCCUCCACCUACAUCUAGUCCACUAUCACCCACAUAUUUGACCUCUAUUAGAGCCAUCAUAGCAGACCAAAAAAAAAGUUUUACAUUUUUAAAUGUUUUCUCACGUGAUUAAUUGAUAUGAUAUCAUAUAAGUAUCCAUAGCACACUCUUUACACUCUCUAAAUCUCCCUUUAAAUGCCCAUUAAGAGGGUUUGACACAGGACCAUUAAUCUGAGCCAGACAGAAAUAUCUUGUUAGAAAAACAUCUCAGUUUGUAAAGUACUAUUUUACCCUCCCGUUGCCUUGACCACCCUUUAUCUUGACUUUCACCCCCUUCUUCUUCUUCUGGUAUGCAAUUUUGUAGUUGUGAAGAUGACUGGGCUUUUUUUUCUGAAGAAAGUUAAAUGAUGAGUCAAAUCCUUAAAAGCUUUUACAAAAGGGAAAUAAAUAAGUAAACAGACAUCCUUUUUUAAAUUAUUAAUAGUUUAGGGAAGACCUGUCAGAGUGGCCAUAAUCCUUAACAUAUUCCAGGGAGCAUAACAAAAUAGGAGGACAACUACAUUUUUAUGCUAUUUUUUGUAACCAAAGAAAGUCACCACUCAUCUAAACUGAUGCCCUAUCAUUUGCUGCCAGGAGUGAAGUGAGGAUGUAAAAGAUUGGAAGGCCAUGGGUGUAAUUAUUUUUUACCAUUUGUUUUUCGUCAUCACAGAAUAUUUUUGUAAUCUAUUUAUGAAAAUCCGUUUUUAUCGUGAUAAAAGAAGCUUUUUUUUUGUAAUUUAAGCAUAACAUAACCCAAACUGUGCUUUCAUGAUCCAGACUCAAACUGUGCAUUUAUUGUAGUAUUCCUAUACUGGACUACAACAUGACCCCAGUUUUGGUGUGUGGCAGUUUGAUUAAGCACAAUUUUAUUUGUGAGCUCCACAAUAUCAGCAGAAACAAUGAACUACUCAUGUUAUCAUGUCAGCUGAUGUUCUGCUUUGGAAGCUCCUUUUCUGGUGUUCCCAAAAAAAAGUUGCAAAUUACUACAAACUUCUUGCCACACAGGAAUCGGGAGGCUUUUUUGGAGUCCAUCAGGUCUGGGGCCUAAGGCAGUGCUUUAGUCUACAGCCUUAAGUCCUAAACUGCAUUACCCCUCUUAGUACCCUUAGAACCUGUACAUAAGCCAUAUGGACAUGUACCUGAACCAUGGAUCAUUUUUGCAUUUCCACAGCAGACAGUACUCUUUUAUGUGGGCAGGGUUGUUACGAAAUGGUAGACUAAUGGCUGCCUCACUGCUCCAACGAGCUCUUGCUGAUGCAGAUAUUUUCAGAACAAAAAAGAACUUGCUGAAAUGUUUAAGUCUCUGUCACAGUCUAUGGGAUAUUUUAAAAAUGGCAGAUUUGUGAACUGAGUCCUUGUAAUGCAAGAGCAGAAGUUUUCUCUUGACCAAUCAAUGGACUGCAGUGUUUCUAGCACCUUUUCGUAUUGUAUCAGGUACCUCAGCUGAGGGGUAAUGAAAAAACAGGACAAAAUGAAGUGGUUCUAUUGGUACCAUCCACAACUUUUGACAAUGGAAAUGUAAAAAUAACCAUUCUAAUGUGUACUGAACUAAACUGAACUGAACUGAACUGAAUUGGACUGCUUCAUGGAAGCAAGGCUUUAGAUCAUAGAUCAUUUCUGUCUAUCCAUCCUGGUUGCAGUGGCAGCAGGCCAAGCAAGGUAACCCAUACAUACCUUUCAUUAGCCAUGCCCUGCAGCUAGUUCUGUGGGAUCAGAAAGUUUGAUGGCAUAUGCCUUCCCAUCAGCAUGUUCUUUGUCUGCCCUGGAGUCUCCUCUCAGUUGGAUAUGCCCAGAAAACCUCCAAAGAAAUGUUUUCUGGGGGCAUCCUGAUCAGAUGCCUGAACCAUCUCAACUGGCUCCUUUAGUAGUGAAGGUGCAGAGGUCCUACUCCGAGUUCCUUCCACAUUUUCUGAAUUUGUCACCCUUUCUUUAAGGGUGAAAAAAAGUUGUCUAGGCUGCUUGCAUCACUGCGAUCGUUGAGGGUUCGGAAAUAGACCAACUGGUAAAUUAUAAGCGUGACCAUGACAGUCCAGUAUAGUGUCUACAUUACAUUGAUGCUGCAUCGAUUUGUCUGUUGAUAACCAAGACACCAAGAUACUUGAAUUCUUUGACCCCGGGCAGUUACUCUUUCUCAACCCAAAGGGACCAAUGAUCAUCAUGACAGUAGACAAAAGCCUGUCGAUCCUGCUUCUUCCACCCCAAGAUGCAUGCUCUCAGGUUUCUUGUUGGCAGCUUCUCACUCCUAACUUGGAGUCAACAAUCUUUUUGCGGUAUUUUGCAGUAAUGCACCAUGACCUCAGACUCAGAGGUGCUAAUCAUUGUUGAAUUGCCACAUAAGAGUUUCCCUAUUUUUGUCUAAAUGAUCAUGAGAAGUCAGUUUGGUAUCAGUUUUGAUACUUUUGUAAUCACGAUAAAACAAUGCUUGCUCAUUUUAAUAGUUUUCUUGUGAUUUCAAGAAAACAACAACAACUACAACAACAAAAAACCCAACAACAAUCAUUUUAACCCAUGUGCUUUACUGCCUUCUGUUUGAAGAUGAUGUCUAGAAGAUAAAGAUUUUUUAAAAGCCUUUAUCCAGUGUUGAAGAAAUGUACAUAUGUAGCCCUUUUCCAUCCCCAGACACAAACACACAACCAGUUAAUACAGUAAACUCUAACCAGCUGAGUAAUCUUUGAAACAUACUCUGUACAAGCAUGUUUCCUCACAAUCAAAUACACCCUCUGUUAAGUUUCACAUAACCCUAACCCUAUAACAGCAAGUAAGGAUAUCCUUCAGCAGAUUAUGAUAAAUAUACUCAUUAACUUAUUUUUUGUUGUCUUGUCAUUACAAUAUGUAACACAUGUAAAUACUGUAUGUUGUGCUGGAAAGCCACUGGAGCUUGUGAGAUGCCAGAAUGAAGACCUAAUGUUAACACUUGAAUGGCCAAAAAGCUUAUGACAGACUCAUUUAGAGGAAACAAAGAGUGGCCAGUCGUGAAUUUAUCUCUGAAAAACCUGUCAUCCCUGAUCACCUCACUUUAAAAAGAAUAAAACUUUCUAUUUUCAAUGUUCACUCAAUGCGCCCUGCUGCCACUUCACUUUUAGCACCAUUUCAGCAUGCUCUGCUUUCUUGAGUCCUGAUAUUAUAAGCUUCAAAGCAGGCAAACGACAUUAGAGAUCUCCUGUUUAUUCAUGAGUCUUGUAUAUGGUUCAGGACUUAAGAUUCCUGGUCACUUUUUUAUAAUUUAUUAAGGGAGACACAUUCUUUUAUCUGCCUUUUUUCCUAUUUACAAAUCAACAAUCCCUUGUAAAACUUCCAUCUAUCUAUAGGCCUCAGUUUGCUUUAAAGGAAAUAGUUGUAUGAGAAGAGCAUUUAUACCUGUUACCAAUGGCCACAUUUGAAAAUGGGGCAAAAGCUUGCCAUUGUAGUACCUCUUUUCAGUGAUUCUGUGUCUGUUUUGUGUCUUCAAAGACUGGAUGUGAAUUGUAUAAUUAAUUGUGAUUAUAUUUCAAAGACAAGUACUUUCUUUAAAGUAAACUAAGGCCUUAAAGUUCAGCUUUGACUUGUAAUUCUUGAAGUUUUUUGUGUACCAACAAACUUCUUUUUACCCCCUCAAGUUGCUUGGGUCACGGCAACCUCAAUAAAUUGGCCUGGUCGAUUUCAAUCCAUUUGUGCUGCCAUUCUGAGUUUUGUCAUAUUUGAACUUUAAUACUCCAAUUUGUUUGGCUACUAUAUGCACACAAAAAUGGAAGUUUGCAUAGUUCCAAUACUGAUCAAAUUCCAUGAAGUGGACUCACUCAUCAUCUCAUCUGAAAGACAGCAUCUUUGGGAUGCUUUUAUUAUGGCUUAUCAAGAGCAUUCUGAUAUUCCAAACAAUUUCGCAUUGGCAUGCAAAUGAAUCUGGCAGAGGUUUUAAGUUUCCUUUCUGUGUUUCUUUGCCUUCUUAAUGAUCCAGAUUGUUCAUUACAUCCACAAAUCAUCAAUGCAUGAGCUCACAGAUGUUCAUAAUUCCCUCUGAAACCAUAGCCAAAGGUAAAGAUACUCCUUCAAACUUCUAAGGUCUUUAACUUGAAGUGAUUCACACAUUAAAAAGAAGUUUCUGCCGCUGAGUUCUGCAGAUUGAGAUCAAUCCAACAAAUGUGGUUAUAUCAUUUCAGUGAUCAACACCCUAAAUGUGACCAAAAACGCCUAAGCAAAUACCACACAAAAAGAAGACAUUAUUCAACAUCAUUCAUAGGAAUGCACGAUAUUGAAUUUUUUGCUGAUCUCCGAUAUGCAAAUAUGUAAUAACUCAUUUGACUGCUGAUACCGAUAUAGAUAUAUAUGCACAUUUUUUGCCACCUAAUUUUAGUAAUCAUCAAGUCUCUUCUGUAGUGGAAUUAACAUAUUUUGAAUGCACACUCUUAUCCUUAAGUGAUAUUAUCAGUGUGUUGACCAAUUCUGAUCUUUCAUUUUUAAGCCAAUAUCGGCCAAUACUGACAACAUGCUGAUAUUAUCAUGCAUCCCUACAUUCAACCCAAGGCUUUACAGUUACAUUCAGUAUAGUAGUGACUGGGUACUCUGCCUGAUGCACUUCUGUUUAGCCUCCAAAUUUUGAUGACUUUGUAUUUUGGAGUUUGAAAUUGGACUUUGCAUAACUGCAGUGUGGUUUUAUUCAACUGUUGACACAGACAAACAGAGUUCUUGGAUUAAUCCCUUUCAGUACCACUUUCACAUAAGGGAUGCUUGUUAAUAAAUCAUUUGCUAAUAUAGAUCAGUAAAGAAAAGCUGUUAUUAAGAUGAUUUCUUUGAUUUUGCAUGACAGCUAAACACAUAGCCCAACAGAGGUCUUGGAUUUUAUAGUCAUACUUUGUAGAGGAUUUACACAUUGUAACUAAUGGCUUUAUUCAUGAGACAAAUCAUUUAUUUAUGCUUUAAAGGUCAUUUGGGUUGCAAGAUUGUGAAAAAUCCUUUUGAUGUACAGUGUAUCAUCUUUCAGCAAAAUAGAUUUUUUAACUAGCUCUUCAACACCAACCCGUUCUCAUUCAUAGAUUGUCAAAUACUGACUCUGUGUAAUGCACCUCGGGGCCUGACAGCUACCCUUUAGCGUCUCUAUGUGACACACAGCUGAAACACAUUGUAACAUGUGGUUAAUGUUGUUAAACAGUCACAGUUAGGUAUAGGCAACUAAACUAGUGGUUAGGUUUAGAAGAAAGAUCAUGUUUUGUGUUAAAAUAAGUAUGUUUCUUAUGUACCCAAACGUGACGUAAAUAAAAUAUGUAAUGUUUUCUUAAAACAACGGUGACCGUUGGUUUCACUCAGGAUGUAGGUAACUUAAGUAACGUAAUGUUACAUUUAAACAACAUUGACUUUUACUUCGAAUGGGACACAAACUGCGGUCUCCUGGUUGAAAGACCAGUUUUGUUUGACCCAUCGACCUCCUGCCCCAUGCAGACUUUCUUGCUCUUUAUACUAUGUCAGUUGCUCUCAGCGUCACAUUGAGACGUGUGACAAAGUGUCAGUAUUUGACAACCUAGGGAUAAGAACAAGCUGUGCAUACAUCUUGGGACUACAAAGUAUCAAACUAAAUUUAUUAGCAACUUGAUGGCUUUAUUAGAAGGUAAGGGCACUAGACAAACACAAAGGAACACACUUCUUUGGGCUUUGGUUGUUUUUCUUUUAUACUUGUAGAUUUGAGGUAUGCUAAUGUAUUUUACCUUUCCAUUUGAAGGCGGUGGCGCUCUUCUCUGCUAAGAUCUGCAUUAGUUUUGUGAUGUUUCCUUAUCUGCCACUGCUGUGGUUGAGGUUUGGUUACAUUUAAAAACUACUUAGUUGGUGUGAAAAUAUUGAGCUUUGGGUUAAAAGGUUGUCAAGGUAAGGGAACCUGAGUAGAAAUUCGGACACUGGGAUUGGGAAAGGAACAGCAGCAACUUGUGUCAAAGCCAGACACUUAAUUGCCACACUCUCUACCACUAUUUUCACCCAUCCAGGUUUUGAAAUCUAUACAGUAACAUUAUAGCUACCGCUGCCACUGCUUUCACAGUCAAGUCAGAAUGCACGUGGUCAAUAGACGUCCUUACGAAGUAAACAUGGUUUUCAGGCAUUUCAAUAAACAAUUAAUACUUAAAAUUUCUUGGGAGGACAGUCUGUAAGAUUUUUUUUUCACAACCUAAUAAUCCAAAAGUAAUUUAAACAAAUGGUUUAUCACCACUUUAUAAAGCAUUUAUAAAUGAUUUAUUAAUGAUUAACAAAGCCAUUGACAAAGUGGGCACUGCUGUCUAACAUAUUACCAUUUUUGCUACCAUACAGAUAGCAUGGGCACACAUCACCAGCAAGUACAAGUCAGGGAUACUAACACAGAGGAUGUAUUUGAUUAUGAAAAAAAUAAGAUUAGAGGAAAAGGGUUCAAAAAAUUUGCAGACUGCUUAUCGAGCCCAGUAGCGCCCCCAUAUCCCAUUAAUCAGGGAAAGUAUCUUCAGCCAUCAAGUCUCAGAUGUGUUUCCACAUUUCCAGAGUGCUGGAUGCUUGUGCUUACUUCUAUAUAUGGAAAAUAUUGUGCACAAAUAUACAAUAUGCUUAGUAGAUACACUGGAUUUUAUGCAUUAUAUUUCUUCACUGGAUGUGGAUGCGUUGUGUGCUUGAGGGAAGCUCAAAGAAGUGCCAAAUUUCAUGUCUGCUAAACUUCCGUGUUUGUCAAUUAGUUUAUGAAAAUUUCCCCCCAAAAAAGCAGCAAAUUUCUAGAGUUUUUAUUUUGCAACACAAACUUAAGUUGAAAACUAAUGUAUGGGUUAUAUGUUUGUCUUUUCGUAGCCCCAUAGCACACAAACAAAAGUCAAAGGUGAUAUAAGCAGUGGCUGAAUGUGACACUGAUUUGAAAUAUUGGAUGUUUUUUGGUUACUUAUGGCACUUUGUUUGAAAAAAAAAAAAAUGUGAUGAUUGUAUACGUUGUAUACAAGUGGAUAAAAUGCUAUCACAUUGUGCUGCAAACCCUGUAAGUAUUAUAGGGUUAAAUGUUAUAUUAAUGUAUGUUUUAUGACUUACUGUACAAGCCAUUGAGUUAGUGAAUAUAAAGCAGCAUGCACUUUAGUUGUCUUUGGCAAUAAUAGAUAAGCUCCCAUCUCCUGUAAAGUAGCAUCGACUUCAGUGAAAAACACGUGUUCUUGUCGCACAUCUUGAUGUCCAGAAACUAUCAUACAGUGUCAUGUGAGAUAAGCCUUUCUCUGUCGGUUGGAUGAUGUUUCUCCAAAGCUGAACCAUUUGACAAAUGACAUGUAGAGCAGUUUGUACAUCAGUAUACAGUGGCAUUGAAAAUAAGACUAUAUUUUAACAACUGUAGGAUUAAGACAAUAAGAGGUUGAAAUGGCUGUGUUCUGAGGGAGUAAUGCAGGUUUGGGUUAGUUAAGCCAAGAUAUAAACAGUAAGUACAUUUAGUAUACUAGUUUUAAGUACUUUACUUUAUGUGAGUAAAUCCAUUUUGUGAGACCUUAUGCUUUUACAUUUUAGAGGAAAAUAUUGUCCUUUUUACUCCACUUCAUUAAACUGUAAUAACUAGUUACUUUAAAGACUAACGUUGUUACAUGCAAAAUAUAACUAAGAUGCACUGCUAGAAUUUAAACUAGGCAGUGUGAUAAUAGAAAUGUGUAGGCUUCAAAGAUUUUAUUUUAAUAUGCACUCAGUGAUGCAAAUCUUUAUCUCUGUACAUUAAUCUUUCUCUGUGCUUGAUUUGUAGUGAUUGCUUUAUCAUGGCUUGAUUGGUAAUGCCUUGGACCUCCACAAGGGGGAACAUGAACAAACCUUCCUCAUUUGUUGUAUUUUAAGUAAAGACAAGUGACGAGUCUGUGUUUUCUUUGAUGUUAUUUUCCUCCUUUUGUAGGAAUUUUUCAACGUUUUUGUAAAUACUCUGAUUUGCUUCCUUUCCAAGAGUUAGCUGGGAAUGUAUAGCAUGACUGUGCCUUUACAAAAUGGUUCAAACUCUUACUGAUUAAAUCUUUUAGAGAGUUACAUGAAAGGAUGGAUAUCAAUCUUGUGUCUUUUUAGUCUACUGUCAUUCCGAACUUGUCAAAUUCCGCCGUUUUCUCAGUGAUCUGGACUUUAGAUACCAACACACAAAGACACCUUUCACAGUGUUAUGACAUGCACCAGGUGGUGGCAGCUGUUCACGCAACAGCCACCAACCGAAGCUGUCAAAUGCCGCUGCAGUGGACGUCUGCAUAAGAUAUCAAUUCACAAAGGCAUCUUUUGCGGCAUUAUGAAGCGCAUCAGCUGGCAGCAGUUUUUAAUGCCACCAGUUACAACGUAAUAUAAAAAGCUGGAAUGUCACUAUAGGACUUUCACCCGGGAGCUUGCUUUUUGCUUCCCGUGUGAAUGUUGAGCCAAGCCAUGAUGUUUUUGUCCAAACCAAACCAUAUGCUUUUGUUGCCUAAACCUAACUACACCCUUUUAUUUCCUACACCUAACCACAUGCUUUUAUUGCCUAAACCUAACCACGUGCUUUUAUUGUCUAAACCUUACCACGUGCUUUUAUUGCCUAAACCUAACCACGUGCUUUUAUUGUCUAAACCUUACCACAUGCUUUUAUUGCCUAAACCUAACCACGUGCUUUUAUUGUCUAAACCUAACCAUGUGGUUUUAUUGCCUAAACCUUACCACAUGCUUUUAUAGCCUAAAUCCAACCAUGUGCUUUUAUCGCCUAAACCUAACUACGUCUUUUUAUUGCCUUAACCUAAACAUUUGCUAAUAAAUAAACUUAAAUAUGGGGUGUCUGUCAAGCAGAAACUGUACAUUUUCUGUGAAAAUUAACGUGUAUUUUGAAAAGACACAAUGCAUGUAACAAGUGUAAAUUGACACAGCAUUCCAACAGACGCAGAUGGAUACCUAGUGCAUCAUGUGUAGACAUUUAAGUCCAUUAGUUGGGAUGAGAAUCCGUUGGUCUUUUUGCUAGGACAAAGCUGAAGUCAGAAUGUGUUUAGCCUAGCUUAGCAUAAUGAUUGGUAACAGAGGGAAACAGCUAGCCUGGCUCUAAAGCUCAUUGGUUAACAUGAUGUAUCUAGCUUUUUCACUUUUACAGAAACAGGAAUGCAAAGAUGACACUUUGUGGUUUUAGGUUUUAAGUUACGCGCUGGAACUAUUUCUUGAUGAAUAGUUUAUACAUUUGACAGUGGGCUACUUCAGUUAAUUGUCUCAGAAGUUGGCUGGGGAGCACAGGUUUUGCUCUGUACAGCCACAGUGGUACCAAUACUUGGAAACCUUGAUGACAAGACUUCAGAAGCUGCAUACUGUCACUGUACCUGGCUGUUGGUCAACAAGAAAUAGUUCUAGCACACAACUUCCAUUAAAACCAAAAACUUGUCUUUUUAACAUAUCUGUUUUUCUGUAAAUGAAAUAAGCAACACACACCAUGUUACUCAAUGAACUUAAGAACACUUAGUAGGUGUGUUUCUUAACUUUGGACAUAGCUAGGCUAGCUGCUUCCAGUCUUUAUGCUAAGCUAGGCUAACCACAUCCUGACUCCAGCUCUGUACUUGACACACAGACAUGGCACUGAUAUCAAUCUGAACAUCUCACUCACUGAAAGAAUGUAAAUAACUGUAUUUUCCAAGAUGUUGAGCUAUUUUUUAGUAGAGGGUCUCUGUUUAGGACAUGUUUAGCCUAGCUUAGCAUAAAGACAGGGGUGGGGGGCAGCUAACCUGGCUCUGAUUAAAAGUGAAGCAAUGAUGAAUUUCUCAAAAAUGUUGAAUUAUUCCUUGAAGGGUUUGACACCAGCAGUAUGUGGAGAAAUAUAUUAUUGACAGUUUAACACGUAAGUCAUAAUUUAAUACAAUAAUAAUAUAACAAUGUUAAAACAUCCAUGAGGACUUAUUUUACUACAUUUAUUUGACUUUAAAAUCCUUUUGACUUGCACAAACUUCUGAAUGCAGUAUAUUUCCGUUGUGGUACUGAUAGCUUUACUUAAAUAAAGGAUCUAAGUCCUUUUUUCACUACUGUUUAAAUAAUUCUGUGGCUACCUCUCAUAUUUUUCAUAAUUAUAGUUUGAUAUGAAAGUAUUUUUAUGGCAGAACACAUGCAUGUUGAGCAGUUGAAUAUGUAUCUAAAGAAAUUAUUCUCCUAAGCAUAUCAAUAAAUUUGAAGUCACAGAGAAAAACUGUUCCUAUCAUGUCCUACGCAGCACAAAUUGACAUUUUUACACACAUAUUCACACAAUUCAAACCUUUUCUCACCAGUAUAUAUAUAUUUUUAAUUAUUAUUUCUUGUAACUCUAUACAUAUGUACUGUAUACAGUGCACAUGUAUAAAAGAGUGAGGUCAACAUUUAUACAUGUGCAUUGUAUACAGUACACAGUGCACAUGUAUAAAAGAGUGAGGUCAACAUUUGUGAUUUUGAGAAAAAUGACUCAAUUAUUUUAUGGAUUACAAUGACAUUUGGUACAGACAUUUAUGCUCCCUCAGGAUGAACUGCGAAUAAAUUAAGAUCCUGAUUUUACCCGCAAAAGUGAUUGCCUCAGCUGUUUACUGCUUAUGAGCAAAUGUUAGCAUGCUAACACUUAAAUUCAGAUGGUGAACAUGGUAACCAUUACACCUGUUACAGUAACAUCAGCAUGUUAGCAUUGUUAUUGCGUGCAUGUUAGCAUGCUGACAUGAGCAUUCACCUUAAAGGGAUAGUGCACCCAAAAAUGAAAAUUCAGCCAUUAUCUACUCACCCAUAUGCCGAUGGAGGCUCAGGUGAAGUUUUAGAGUCCUCAAAAACAUAAUUUGAACUCUGUUUUUACCCUCACUGUAGCCUGUAGCUCUAACUGCCUCUCUG